GCUCCCUCGGAAAAAGGAACGGGCGGCGCCUCGGACCGACCAAUCAGGUGGAGGGAUUUGCUUGCGGCGCUCGGCUGGCAGUUGAGGCGAUGGCCAGUUUUCCGUACGAUCCGAAUUACCAUGGGUCAUCAGGGCCUGCACCAGGAGCUCCACCAGGCAGCUACUUUUCAAGGCCGCACCAACCUGGAGGUCAGUAUGGUCCCCUUUCUGGGGGCCAGUUUGGUGGACCACCACCAGGCAGUCCUUACGGAGGCCCACAACCAAGUGCACCUUAUGGAACAUCCGCGGCAGGUGGACAAUAUGGAAACCAAGCACCGGGAGCACCAUAUGGAGCCCCAACGCCUGGAGGGCGCUAUGGAGCUCCUGGACAGGGAGGCCAAUAUGGACCUUCAGCCCCAGGUGCCCCCUAUGGAAGUCCAGCACCAGGUGGUCCAUAUGGAGGACAGGCAUAUGGAAUUCCACAGCAAGGGGCAUAUGGAUCUGGUGCUCCUUCAGCUGGUGGUGCCCCUGCAGGCAUUGAUCCAGAAGCCUACUCCUGGUUCCAGUCAGUAGAUGCAGAUCGUAGUGGUUAUAUAACACUGAAGGAACUCAAGCAAGCACUUGUCAACAGCAACUGGUCAACGUUUAAUGAUGACACCUGCUACAUGUUGCUGAAUAUGUUUGAUCGAAGCAAAAUUGGUAAGAUAGAUUUGUACGGCUUUUCAGCAUUGUGGAGGUUUCUUCAACAGUGGCGUACCAUGUUCCAGCAGUUUGAUCGGGAUCGAUCUGGAACCAUAAACCCCCAGGAGCUGCAACAAGCUCUCUCUCAGAUGGGUUACAAUUUAAGCCCACAGUUUAUCCAGUUCCUUACAUCCCGGUAUGCACAAAAACCAGCUCGAUCCACCAUUCAGUUGGACAGUUUCAUCCAGAUUUGUACCCAAUUGCAGAGCACAACUGAUGCCUUCAAAGAGAAAGACACCAACCAUUCUGGAAAUGUCCGCAUCAGCUAUGAGGACUUCCUUACCCUUGCUGUAUCGCGCAUGCUAUGAUUUGUUGUAAUGAACAAAAUGCAAGAGGAAUUAAGAGAGUUAAGAUUAAGUUCCUUUCUUCUACUAUGGUCAGCUAAAUGGAUUAAAUAUAGAAGUGUAAAAAUAUUGUAAUGCAAACAAAAAGGCAACAAAGUGGCUGACAGGUCUGCACUCUCUUGAACAACCAGUUAUGGACCAAUGUACCAAAGUUGUACUUCCAAAACAUUGAAAUUAUAAUGAUAUAUGUUGUAAAAUAAUGCACUUGCAUAUUACAGAAACCUUCUGCUUGGAAUCUAUUAAAAUGUACAUGCUAAUUUUAAUUGUUCCAUACAUUAAGAUAGUUUGAAAUGAAACCUGAUCCAGCUGUAACACUGACCUGGGUAAAGUGAUUUCAUAAAUUGUUUUCCAAACUUGAGGCCUGUGGUUUGGAAUGGAUGUAAUUCCAGCAAAUCUUGUUUAUACAUUUGUAUAGAAUAAUGUGUAAUAGAUUAUACUUUCUGUGUAAUGAUCUUUUAUUAUUUUGCCUCCCAACAAUUAAAGGAAUUUC